AUGAGCGCGAUGUGGGAGAAUAUCAAGCACGAGAUGAGCCGGGUGGAGCUGGGAAGGGAUCGUCUGCCACGGCGACUGGAUAUCCAGAGCCCCGGAACCACAGGAGCGCUCCCCUUUCGUGAAGCGAUUGGCAUGAAUGACAAUGGGCCCGUCAUCCCGCGACGGGAUCCGCACAGCAUGAGAACGCCGUCCUCCUCCUCGCAGACCAACCCCAACGAAGAGCCUACUUCCUCUGGUCCCAGCGGCGGCUCGACCUCCGCUGGUUCGAACUCUGGCCUCAGCGUUCUCAAUGCAAUGUCGCGAUCCGUAGACGGGCAUUUGGGACUUGGUGGCUUUACCCAUGGACCCGCCAGCUCAACACGACGGAAGGGAAAGCGUCCCUAG